CAGACACCAGGGCGUUAAACGCUAACGGCAAGUGAUUGCAAUACACCCCCGCGACUUAGAAUUCAGCGCGACGUAAUCAUGACGUCGGGAGGAAAGAUCGCCAUUGCGGUCGUGGUCUGUACGAUGGCGCUGUUCUAUCACGCACAAAGCCAAUCCUGUCCCGAAAAAAAUGGCCGCUAUCCCGUGUCUGAUCAGUGCGAUGCGUACAUCGAAUGUGUGGAGGGUGAACCACGACGACAGCUUUGUCCGGACGGAUUGCUAUUCAACGACAAAGUAUCGCUGUUCACCUACCCGUGCCAGUAUCCGAUCGAUGUCGAUUGUGGCAGCCGUGGACGGACGCAACCGCCCAUUCCGACGGAGGACUGCCCGCACCAGUUCGGUUACUACAAGGUCGGCGAUAGGGCCAACUGUGGCCAGUUUAAGAACUGUGCCGGUGGUACGGCAUUCGUGCUGAACUGUCCCACUGGGCUAGCGUUCAACUCGGCCACGUACCAGUGCGAUUGGGCAGACCUGGUGGAGGAUUGCGAUGCCGAGGCGUACCUGGGCUUUAAGUGUCCACCACAGGCCCAAGGAUUGAUCCAGCCGGUGCGUUUCUUCCGUUCGCCGAACGACUGUCAGAAAUUUUUCUUGUGCGUCGACGACAGGCCGAGGGUUAACUUUUGCGGUCCGGAGCAAGCCUUCAACGAGCUGAUAAACGCGUGCGAUGGUGUCGCCAAUGUAACCGGAUGUGCCUAGACGGUGUUGGUGGUUAUAUUAAGCUACUAAAAUAAUACUCGAAUGCGUGUGUGUUUAAUUACAGGACGUGGUCACACACUGGCGCCACAAUGGCGUGUAUGCGAAUAAACUGAUCACCCA